UCUCAAACUAGAUAGCAAGUGCAGAGCCAGAGCUUCUUUCUUUCAAUCUUUUUUUUCUUCUCAAGUCUGAGUUUAAGUGAAGGAGCUAGAAAUGGAGGCAAUGAAGAUGAAUGUUUUUGUGGCUUUGUUGGUGGUUGUGAUGGUGGCCUUGUCUGGCGUUCAAAAAGUAGCUGCAGCUGAUUCUCCAGCACCAAGCCCAACUUCUGAUGCCUAUGCCUUUUUCCCCACUUUCUUCGCAUCUCUAGCAGCUUUGGCUUUUGGGUUCUUCUUCUGAGCUCAUGACUGCAUUUUAGGUUCAUUUCAUGGUUGCUUGCUCAUUUCUCUCUCUCUCCAUUUCUCCUAAUCUCUCUCUUUAAUCACUUGUAUUGAGUGUUUAAUGAGAGGGAGCAAGGGGGGGAGAGAGGGAAAAUGGGUUGGGAUUUUCUUUUAUAUUAUUUGGGAAUUUCAGGUUUAAAUUGAAUUAUUUAUUGUUGAUGUUGGGAUUUGUUUGGGUGUGAUUGAUGUGUUUGUUGGUGGUUUUGUAUCAUAUAUGAUGUAUAAUUAAAUGUUCAUUUUGUCUAAUUUUGUUUUUAACGGGGGAAAAUGCCUAUGGGAUGUUAAAUUUAGGAUAAUAAUAAAGAGAUCAUGGGGAAGAAUGUGAUUCAUUGUACUAGUGGUGGAUAGAUUUUCCCUAUCAUUGUAUCUGUGAUUCAUUGGUUUGGUAAUAAUAAAUUCCAUUUUUCUU